GUUCUGACCACACCUCUCUUCCUUUGUAUUUUGAGUCAGGGUGUCCCUAUAUUGCCCAGGCUGGCCUUGAUUUUGCUCUGUAUCCCAGAUAGACACUGAAUUCGAGAUCCUCUUGCCGUGGCCUUCCUGGAAGAAGGGAGUACACACCCGCAUCACCAGGUCAGGCAUCCAACACAUUCCUAUCCAGAUAGUUCUAGGGAUCAGAAACUACCUAGUCCCGCGAAGAGGCCGCGAUAAACACAACAACCCCAAACCUUUAUCUCUGGCUCCCAGGACUGUAUUUGAAGUGGGUGGGGUUGUAAUGGACACCAAAGUGCCCAUUUGUCGCCUGCUCCAGGGUUCGCUCCGCCCGGGCCCCGCCUCCCGCCUUCUGCCUCAUUGUCUGUUCACUGCGUGCCCGGCGGCUGGAAACCCUUGACCUCCUGGCGCCUGCGUGGUCUAGCCCUAAGCCAGGGGAGACCUGGCCGCGAGCACCAGCCUCCACCCGCUCGCCCUGGAUCGACUCCCGCCUGCCUCCACUGCUGGCCAGCCCUGCGCAGCUGCGCCUGGUGCCCGCAGCUGCGCCUGGUGCCUACAGCAGCUCGGAGGUGACCCCAGGACAUCCUAGAGGGAGAUCCAAGAGACCCGGCUGUUCAGGUGUGAGAGCAGAAAAGGGACUUAAAAACCGAGCAGGAUGCUUUCACGGUGCACCGUCUCUACCAUUGGUUUCCUUAGCUUGUGUCUUGUGGUGUGCGUGAGCCUGGAGACGAUCUCGCCGACUGCUUUCGAUGGGUAUCCGGAUGAACCUUGCACUGUAAGCCUGACAAUACGACAUUUCCGGCUAAUUUUAUCCUGGGAAUUAACAAGCAAGUCCAGCCGACCCACUAACUACACACUCUGGUACACGGUCAUGAGCAAAAACGAAGAUCUGACAAAGGUUAAGAACUGUUCGUACACCACAAAGUCAUCAUGUGACGUGACAGAUGAGUGGUUGGAGGGCACAGAGAGCUAUGUCGCCAUCGUCGUAGUGCACAGGGGGGACACAACGGUGUGCCGCUGCUCAGACUAUAUCAUGCCUACAAAUGCUCCUCUUGAGCCACCAGAAUUUGAGAUCUUUGGCUUUACAGACCACAUAAACGUGACAAUGGAAUUUCCACCUGUCACUUCCAAGAUAAUCCAGGAAAGGCUGAGGUCUACAUCCUUUGUCAUCAAAGAACAGAUAGAAGACAGCAUUAAGAUGGUGCACAAGCCCAAAAUGAAUAAUGUCACUGGGAACUUCACGUAUGUCCUUAGAGACUUACUUCCAAAGACAAACUACUGUGUAUCUGUUUAUUUUGAUGAUGACCACGCAAUAAAAUCUCCCUUAAAAUGCACCAUCCUUCAGCCUGGCCAGGAAUCAGGAUUAUCAGAAUCUGCCAAAGUAGGAAUAAUUACGGGGUGCUUGAUAAUGAUGGUUUUCAUGAGCACCAUCAUAAUGCUGAAACGGAUUGGUUAUAUAUGCUUAAAAGACAAUUUCCCCAAUGUCUUGAACUUCCAUCACUUUUUAACCUGGAUAUUCCCUGAAUGGCCACCUUCAGAAGCCAUUGACCAGCUGGAAAUCAUUCCCACAAACAAGAAGAAGAGACUGUGGAAUUAUGAUUAUGGGGAUGACAGUGACAGUGACGAAGAGGUCCCCAAAGCAAGUGUCACUGGCUACACCAUGCAUGGACUGACGGGCAAGCCUCUGCAACAGACCUCCGACACCUCAGCCAACCCUGAGGAGCCCCUGCAUGAAGAAGAUUCAGGUGCGGAAGAAUCUGAUGAAGCUGGAGCAGGGACUGGAGCUGAGCUACAACUCCUCACAGAGGUGGAGGCUGGGCCUUCAGAAGACUCAAGUGGCCCCUAUGAGAGAAGAAGGAGUGUGCUCAAGGACUCCUUCCCUGGGGAGGACAGUGGUUCCAUGGAUGGGCCUGGGGACAACGUUAUCUUCAAUGUGAACUUAAACUCUGUGUUUCUGAGAGUUCUCCACGAUGAAGAUGCCUCAGAGACGAUAUCUCUCACAGAAGACACGAUCCUCCUAGACGAAGGUCCCCACAGGACAGAGUCAGAUCUUCGGAUAGCUGGUGGGGACAGGACACAGCUGCCCGACCCCAGCCUUUCUUCCCAGGAUCUAUGGGCUGAAGAUGGGUCAUCUGAAAAAUCAGACACCUCAGAUUCUGAUGUGGAUGCAGGGGACGGCUACAUCAUGAGAUGACUCCAAAGCGGUUCACUGACUGGAGCUGGGCACCUACAGGGUUCUCUUCACGGCCUGAUGUGAUGCCUUGUGAUCUCCAGGUGUCUGUGAGGAAGGGACUAGAGAACUCUACAGCCCUCUUGGUCACUGCUGGAUGGCCUUCUCUAUGCAGAUUGCCAAUUUGGGCAUCAGGAUUGUUUACAUGGGUCACGACCCACCCACCCCCUUUCCACUAAUGCACUAAGGUGGUUUGUGUUCCAUUUCCCAGGGAGCAGUGUUCAGUGUGGUUUUCAGAGGCAGCCAAGGCCUCCCAUCCCUGUGUUGUUUCUAGGAAAUUAUUGAAUUGGGGGAGAGAAAGGGAAAGCAAAAAACAAAAAAAAACGGUCAGCCAGUGUUUGGAGGCAGGGCAUGCUGAGCUGGCUGCUGGCAGGGAGAAAGAAGGUUUGUGUACUCGGAAAUCCAGCAAGGUUUGAGCCCACACUCUCUGGGCCCUUCCCAGAUGUCGAGAUCUGUCCCUUCUACUCUGAGAAGUUCAUUCACAGCCACCCAUAAAACCCUCACAGUUUAAAUGAGGAGGGGAGAAGCCAUGUGAACAAUUCUAGGAUCUGACACGUGACUCAGGGAGGAAUCUCAUGGCCAUAUUUUAAGGUCUUUCUGCUUCACCUCUUUAACCUUCAGUUUCU